AAGCAAUCCAAACAUUAAACUUUCAGAAGCUUCAAGUUUCAUUUUUCUAUACACAAGAAAUGGCUUUGUUGAGAGGUCUCUUGGGUGCAAAGAAGAUUAUUGGCGUUUCUGUAGCGGCUACAAGUAAAAAGACAGUUUCAGCACCAAAGGGGUUUCUUGCGGUGUACGUUGGUGAAGACCAGGUCCAGAAAAAGAGAUAUUUGGUGCCAAUCUCAUAUCUAAACCAGCCUUCUUUUCAAGCUCUUCUCUGUAAAUCCGAGGAGGAGUUUGGAUUUGAUCAUCCAAUGGGUGGCUUGACGAUCCCUUGUCCUGAAGAUACAUUCAUUAGAGUGACGUCUAGAUUUCAAUGUUGAUGUUCUAAAAGAAGAAAAAUUAACAUUAGUUAGAGAUCCAAUGUAAAUAUGUUAACGUUUUACAAUGUGAAAGAGACUGUUAUCUAAAGUGAAUAGUUUCACAAUCUUUUGUCUUCCGAGAUAAAUUACCAAAACACAGACAAUGAAAGAUAAC